UAGUCGCUCACCUCUAGCGUGUAGGUGAAAAAAUGCACAAUCGCAAAUUUUUAAUUAAAUAAAAUUAAUCCAUGAACAAAAAAAGGCAAAGUGACUAAUCCAGCCAGCACAAGGCCGGGGACGUCAAUGACGCAAAAGUGAAACGCAAUGAAAAAGUGAAGGCAUCAGCAGCAGCGUCCCACAGCAGCAUCAAAAAAAAAACAACAGCAAUAACAACAACAAUAAAGAAAAAGGGGCAACUGCAAGAAUGCAUUUCUCAAUACCAGACACACAGGAACAAUAUGCGGAUGGGAGCGGUGGCUCGCCCACGUACACGGUGUACAAUAUCUAUAUAAAUGGUAACUAUCACUGCUGCCUGCGCUACAAGCAGCUGCACGCGUUGCACGAACAGCUGCGUAGGCGUUGCACAGACGCCGCCCUGCCGCCGUUUCCCCCUAAACGAUUGCUGCCCCUUAGCAACAGUCAGCUGGAGACACGACGCGCCGCUUUAGAGCAUUAUUUGCAGAUCAUUGGACAGGAUUCGCGUAUUGCACGUCUGUCAUACCUGCAGCAGUUUCUGCAGCGGGCACAGUUGGACACUGCGCUCUCCGAGUGCACCGUGGGCAGUGAGAACGAGCAGCAGCAGCUGCAGGUGGAGGUGUACAGCAGUGGCAGUGGCAGCACUGGUGUGGGUGAGGGUGGAGUACAGUUGCUGGUCAACUGUCAUGUCCAGCAGAACGCGAGUGCUGUGCUGCAAUCCGUCUGCCAAACACUGCAGUUACCCGAUGAACUAAUGCAAUUCUUUUGUUUGUAUCUCAUGCGCAAAGUGGAAACGGAGGAAACGGAUUCGCCGUUGAGUUCGCCGAAUGAGCCGCCAAGCGUUUUGCUGCUCCGUCGAUUGAUGGACUUUGAGUCACCAUUUAUAACGCGCCUGCACGCGCAGCCAUGUCAAUUGCUAUUGCGCACCUGCUACUGGAACGCACGCUGGGAUGCCAAGCUGCUGGGCAACAGUGUGGCGCUCAGCUUGCUCUACCAUCAAACGCUGACGGAUGUGGCACGGGAGUGGAUCAUUUGUACGCCGGAGAUGCGACGACAGCUGUGCAGUCUGCAGCUGCAAUCGCGACCGUUGCAAUACCUGGAUCUGGUGCGUCAACUGCCAUCCUAUGGCUGUCUACAGUUUGGCGUCGCCCAGGUCGACUAUCCGGAACUGGACACCCAGGCAAUGGUGACCAUUGGCAAUCGGGAGCUCAGUUUGCGCACAGCGCGUGGCGCCAAAAUCUACGAGACCAAAUUCCGAGUGACACGAAUGCGUUGCUGGCGAGUUAGCGCCCUGCACAACACCUACGAGUCAAGGGAUCAGCCCACACAGCUGCAGCUGUCCUUUGAGUAUCUGAUGUCCAAGCAAACGCUGCGCUGGAUCACAAUCACGAGCCAACAGGCGAUGCUUAUGUCCGUCUCGCUGCAGGCGAUGGUCGACGAACUGUUGCACAAUGACAACAACAGCGGAGUAGGUGGUAGCGAUGAUGAGCAUGAGGCAAGCACGUCUCGAGGUGCCUCGGAAUCUACAUCAUCGACACCCAGCUCGGCAUCCUCAUCUUGUACCUCCACAUCGGGCACGUCAUCAACAACAGCAACAAUGACGACAACACAACAACAACAACCGCCGGUCAAGUUUCUAGCUCAACGUUGCAAGCAACAACACAAAUUGACAACGGCUCGCACAUUUGCAGCCGUUUUCUUUCGAAACGAUGAAAACGCCGCUGCCGUGCGCAACGAGGCGUUUGAGGGAAUUGGCGAUGAUGAUCUUUAGACGUAUGUUCAAUUCCUGGUAGCACUGGAAAGCCAUCAACAUCACUAACUAAUCUCAAACAGAUAUAUUUUUAAAUUGUUAUAUCACUUGAUAUUUACUUUACAUUUUCAAAUGUAACACAUAUUUUCUUCAAGUGUUUUCAGACACUGACUACCCCUAAUGCAAGCUGUAUUUAUAUAAGGUGACGUCUUCGUUAACAGCUGAGAAGGUUAAACCAAGAUGUUUUUAAUUGUACAUACAUCUUGAAAAAAAAAACUUUCAGAGAGAGAGUGAGAAAGAGGCGCUGGAACGAACGUUUUCUUUAAAACUGUCAAAAUAGGUACCUCUACGAGAGCAACUGUGUCGAAGACGCCACCUUAUAAAAAAUACACCUUGCCUUAAUGCUACCAGAUUAGACAAGUGGGAUAAUUGAUCGUUUCCUAGUAUACUACUUACUAAAUAUAUGUGAGUGUGCAUGUGUGUGUUUUGAGUGUAUAAAAAUUGGUUUAUUAGGUUCAAUUCGUAAACAGCGCGCAGCCAAAAUAGUUUUUUAAAACAAAAUUGUAACUGUUAGCACAAAACUAAACAUUAAUAAUAUAAAUGUGUGUUUGUAUUUAGGCAUAAUAAGUUAGUUAAGUUUAUUGAAAAUACCGAAUGUAACGAACGGUACUUUCCCUCCCUCCAAUUUCCCUCUCCCCAUGGUGCUGCCAAAAUGUUAAUGCGAAAAGUAUGAAAACUCGGAAUGUGCAUUUUAUUCUGUUAAAGACAAAAGUAAUUUUAUUAUCGAAUUACGAAAUACAUAUGAGAUGAUCAUAUUGUCGAAAAGAUGAUUGAUUCAAGAACAUUGUGUUGUGUUUGAGGAUGCUCAUUAAGAACUCUAGACUUAUGUUAUACUACAUUUUUAAAGUAAAUGUUUAUGCAUACGUAUAUAUAGUAUAUAUGGCAAUUCUUUUGUAAAUGACUUUUUUUUAAUAAUUACUCUCUACAUUUCCUUUUUA